AUGCAGCCUUCGAGAAAGCCUGUCAAAAGGCGAAAGCUCACAGAUAAUCGCCAUAGCGACACCCACCGUCAAAAAUCACUUUCGGAUCUAUUCCGGCACCAGAACUGCCACGCCGACCAUCCUGAGAACGACUCAAGGUCUACUGUGGCUAAUCAAGCGUUGUUGAGUCAACCUGAUCAACAGCAAAAGCUAUCCCCACCCUCGAGCAGUUCUCUGGAGAUGUACAACUUCCCGACAACAAAGCCUCAUAUGAAUGGAGUCAUUGAUCUGACAGGUUCUCCUCCAUCUUCAUCGUCUUACCCCAGGAAGGCAUCUCUCAGUGCUUCUUCCCGACCGACCGCCUUCACGCCUCAUCAUGGAGCAAAGAGACUGGUAGUGAAGAAUCUUCGCACGACUCCCAAGACGGACCCUGAGCAAUACUUCCAGAAUGUCUGGGACCAGUUGGAUACAGCUCUAGCCACAAUUUUUGGCGACCAGAAUGCGAAGAAGUCACUAGAAGAACUCUAUAAGGGGGCGGAGAAUCUCUGUCGGCAAGGAAAGUCGCCCGACCUGUACACACGUCUGCGGGCAAGAUGCGAGAGUCAUCUGGCCGGCAAGAUAAGGGAAGGUCUGGCGGGGAAAGCAUUACAGCUGUCAAAUGUCGACCUCCUAUCAAGCUACUUGGAGGCCUGGAGCACAUGGAGUGGUAGAUUGGUUACUAUACGGUCCAUAUUCUUUUAUUUGGAUCAGACCUAUCUUCUGCGCAACCCGGAGAAUCCAGGGAUCAUCGAAAUGGGAUACAUCUUAUUUAAAACUCGCGUCUUCCAGGACGAGAAUCUCAAGGGCAAGAUCAUGCAAGGCGUCCUCGAAGUGAUCGAUUUGGACAGAAAAUCAAGAGGAGAUGAAAGAUCAUCAAUACUACUCAAGAAGUCGAUAGCAAUGUUUCACGACCUGGGAAUUUAUUUCAGCGACUUUGAACCCAGCUUCAGCAAACUGUCUGAGACAUUCUUUGACAAGUGGGCAGCCGAGAAGACUGGUAAUGGCGAUCUUUCAAGCUAUGCCAACGACAGCCAUGCACUGCUUGCGCGUGAAAUGACGCGCUGUGAUCUUUAUAGCUUCGAUCGCAGUACACGAGCGGGUCUGGCGCAGCAAUUCGAUCAUUUGGUGGUGGAGAUGCACCAUGACUUCUUAGUUGACGAAGACUCAGUGCUAAAGCUGCUUGAAGACAACGAUGCCACUUCCUUGGAGCGUGUGUAUUAUCUACUGGAACGCAUCCAAAAAGGUAAUGACCUAGGGCCUGUAUUUGAUCAAUACAUACGUGAAGAGGGUUGCGCCAUCGUCUUUGACGAGAAGAGAGAGUCGGAGAUGGUGGUACGACUGCUUGACUUUAAGAAGAAGCUUGACCACUUCCACAGAUAUUCGUUUCAUGGCAAUGAAACCAUUGGGAACGGUCUUCACAAGUCGUUCGAAUACUUCAUCAACAAGACCAAAAAGACACAGGCUAAUUGGGAUACUGAUAAUGCAAAACCGGGAGAGAUGAUUGCCAAACAUGUGGAUCAGCUGUUGAAAGGCGGUGUGAAGGCGAUUCCCAAGUUGGCUCCAGCCACAAAGGACACACUGGGGCCUGUGGAAGAUGACUACGAUGACGAGAAAGGAGUUGAUGAAGAUGCUGAGAUCAAUCACCAUCUCUCCUUGGCACUCGACCUGUUUCGUUUUGUGCACGGAAAAGCGGUCUUUGAGGCCUUCUACAAGAAAGAUCUGGCUCGUCGGCUCUUGAUGGGCCGUUCAGCGUCGAACGAUGCUGAACGGAACAUGCUUGGUCGUCUGAAGACCGAGUGCGGUGCCGGUUUCACGCACAACCUAGAAUCCAUGUUCAAAGAUAUGGACCUAGCUCGAGACGAAAUGGUCUCCUACAACCAGCUCCAAAACGACCGGGGCACCAAAGGAUCGGGCCCCGAUCUCACCGUGAAUGUGCUCUCAUCCGCAGCCUGGCCAUCCUACCCCGACGUCUCCGUCACCAUUCCCCCAGCAAUCUCCAAGCUGAUCUCAAACUUCGAAUCCUACUACCACCAAAAACACAGCGGGCGCAAACUCCACUGGAAACACGCCCUGGCCCACUGCCAACUGAAAGCCUACUACCCGAAAGGCAUCCGCAAAGAAAUCGUCGUCUCUGGCUUCCAAGCCAUCGUCCUCCUCCUCUUCAACGACCUCGCCGAAAACGCCACCCUCUCCUACACAGACAUCCAAUCCGCAACCUCCCUCCCCACCGCCGAACUCGACCGAACCCUCCAAUCCCUCGCCUGCGCCAAAUACCGCGUCCUAACCAAACACCCCAAGGGCCGCGACGUCAAUCCGACCGACACCUUCUCCUACAACGCGCACUUCACCGACGCCAAGACGCGCAUCAAGAUCAAUCAGAUCCAGCUGAAGGAGACCAAGGAGGAGAACCGCGAGACCCAUGUGCGCGUCGCGGCGGAUCGCCACUACGAGACCCAGGCCGCCAUCGUGCGCAUCAUGAAGAGCCGCAAGACAAUCGCCCAUGCCGAGCUGGUGGCCGAGGUCAUCAAGGCGACCAGGAGUCGCGGCGUCCUCGAGCCGCAGGAUAUCAAGAAGAAUAUCGAUAAGUUGAUGGAGAAGGAUUAUAUGGAGAGGACGGAGGGGAAUAAUUAUGCCUACGUGGCUUGA